AUGCCUUCAUCCACGCUGCCCCCGCCUUCUCAAGGUCUUACUGUCUAUCAUGUUGCACUCGGACGUGGAUUACAAAACUACACUUGCCCUCUCGACGCUGGCUCUUCGGACGUCCCAAUUGCCCUUGGCGCCGUUGCUAAUCUCUACAACACCACCUGCAUGGCCAGCGUCCCCAUACCUGGCGGGAAUCCCCCUACGUUCUCAAUAACGCCCCUGCAGUCGCCGUGGCGAACUCCAACCCCAAUGCAAGCGACAGCAAGCCCAUACAUCCCCUCGGAUCCAGCUCGGUGA